UCAAAGUUCUAAAUAUUUUUAAUUUUACUUUUAGAUAAACGUAUUAUGAUUUUGUUUACAAAUUACAAAUAUGUAUAAAAUAUGCUCUAUCAAUGUAUUAUAAAUCCGUUGUUCUUAAAUCUGGUAGCACUCGUGGAUUCAAGUUUCCGCAACUGAUAAUCCCGAGUAACUUACUUUCUAUUUGCUUUAUUUAGAUUGGCCUUACUUAGUUCACAAAAUGUCUGGAAAAGUAAAGGGCCCUAUUAUAGAUCCAGCUUUCUGCCGCUGCUGUCGUUCUAUUAAACGUUGUCGUGUGUUGACCACGGAAUAUGAUUGGAGAGGAGGCAAAGAGAUCUAUUCUGACAUGUUUAUGGAUGUGUUUGGAUUGCUGCUGUCACAUCUCGAUGGAGACAACAAAGACAACUGUAUAUGUGCAACUUGUGUUGGUCGACUUCGUGAAGCAAGUGCUUUUCGAGAGCAGGUACUGAUGUGUGAGCAGCUAUUUUUAAAUGCCCAGCUGCAGAACAAAGAAUGUUUAACGGUGGAAAUAAAAGGUGAAGCACCAAGCAGUGAUGAUGACAAUGAUAAUCUGCCUCUUGCAUUGUGUGAUACGAGCAGUAUUGUUAAGGAGGAGAAACAGCCCGAAGUGUGUGCUGAUACAGCUAAAACGCAAACGAAGAGGAAUGGGAAAAUUAAGAAAAUUACGAAACUGAAGAAAAUAACAAAAACUAAAUUAAAGAGAUAUGGAAAAAUGGAAAUCAUCGAGAAAAAAGUAUCGAAGAAGAAAGAUGCAGAGCUGGACCAUGACGAACAAGAGAUGGCAUACGAGAACACAAUAACAUUGGUUAACAACUCCUACAUUUGUCCUUUUAGAAAUCGAAUAAGCAUAUACUAUUGCUACUACUGCAGGGACCAGUUCACGAAUCCCGAGGAACUCCGCGAGCACACACUCUCACACAACCCCAAAGAGCUCUUCAGGCUAUCGAUCGAAAACAAAAAACUUCCAAAAAUCGACAUCACUCGUGUCGAUUGUCGAUUGUGCGACAAAAAAAUCGACAAUCUCGACACAUUCAAACACCACAUAACCGACGCGCACAAUAUAAAGUUGUUUCCUGUCAAAAAUGAAUUCUUAAAGUUCCGCCUCACCUUGAACAAUUUGACCUGUACGGAGUGCAACAACGUCUUCCCGUACUUCGAUUCGUUGACCAAACACAUGAUCACACACUUCGGCACAUUCACAUGUGACAUUUGCGGCGCGUGUUUCCUCGAGAAGGCGUCGCUCAGAACACACAUAAACAAACAUUUCAAGGUGGAAAUGAAUUUUCCGUGCGAGAUUUGCGGGAAAAACUUAAAAUCCAAAUACAGCAUGCGCCUUCAUAUAGCGACGGUACACGAGAAAAAACCUACCGUCAAUUGCUACAAGUGCGACGCUUGCUUCCUGUCGUACGCGUUGCGUAAUCGUCAUUUGAUUGAAGUGCACGGCGACAGGCGGACGUUCCCGUGUAAGUUGUGCGACAAGGUGUACAAUAGGCGGAAAACGCUAAUGGAACAUCAUAGGAGGAACCACUUGAAGGUGUUCAGACAUCAGUGCGAUAUGUGUGAUCAACGUUUUUAUCUACCCUCACGGUUAAAAGAGCACAUGGCCACGCAUACGGGGGAUAAGAAUUUUCGAUGCGAUUUCUGUGAGAAAUGUUAUCCGAGGUUACAAUCUUUGCAGCAACAUAUGAGGUCUCAUACUUCUAAUUAGGAGGGUAGUUUGAAAUUUAUUCAAUAUUGAGCAUUAAUAGACAGGCAGUGUGUGUCCAUGGGCAUAUCACUUAAGGUGAGUCUGCCCGUUUGUUCUAUAAAAAACUAUCCAAAACAUUAAAAUAAACGCGACCACGGCUUUAUAUCGAUGUUGUUUUUUUUCAAAUACCCUCUUUUUUAACUAUAACAUAAAUGCUAAUCCGAAAUAGAGCUUUAUAGAUCAUUAUGUAUUUUAAGACUGUUGUUAUUGUCCUUGGUUCGAUUCCUAGUUAAAUGAUAAUUGUUUCGGAUCUGACUCUGAAAAAAUUAAAAGAAAAAAGUAAAUUUAAAAAAACUCCAAUUAUGAGGGUAGUUCAAAAUUAAUAGAACUGAAUUCUAACAAUUAAAAGAAAAUUGAAUGAUUUGAAUGAACGAUUUUUGCUGAUUAAAACGACUUAAAGACAGCGUCUUUGUGCUGUUCGAUUCCUUGGGAGUCGUUUUGAGAUGGGCACAGAAGCCUGACCAUCUGCUUUCUUAAGUUUCGUUAAGGGACUGCAAAAAACAAGGGUUACGAUGCGUUUAUAAAAAAUAACAAAACAAAAUGUCGAUCUCAAUAUGAAAUUUUAGGUUAUGUUCUGAUUUUUUCAAAACGUAUUGUGUCAAUUGUCAUGUCAUGUUUAUAUGUUAAUUUAUUUGUAUAUUUAAUUAUGAACUAUGUACCUUAUAAUUGUUAUUAAGUAAACGACUUAAAGUAU